AUGGGGUUCUAUAAGCUGCCUUUGGAUGUGAUUAUCCCAAUCAUUGAUGAUGUAUUGGCCCACUCGACCUGGUCUGAAGGACUGCAGCUGCGCAGAGUCAAUCGAGUGUUCGACCGCGAAAUCCAGUCUGCCUACUUUGAUCGAAUGUCGGUGGCUAUUCAUCAAGGGCCCCUGAAGUGGACGACCCAUGUUAUGACAGGGCAGCACCUAUACAGAUGCCUCAAGGGCCAGAUGAAAAGUUGCCGGCCAAAGUGUGCAUUAGCCACCAAUCUCCAGGGCGCAGUGGGGAUACUGGCUGCUGUUGAAGAGUUCUGGUGGGACACAGAGAUCCCGGGCCGUGGAACAAGCGCAGUGAGCAGUACAAUCCGCUCGGCCGACGAAGAAAAGAACGAUCGAAUCUACACCUUGGUCGCUCUCACAGCCUUGACCUUCCAUAACGGUGUUGACUUUGCCUCGUUAAACCGUCUGACUUGGUACAAUGACCAGGUCCUGCCGCACGGCUGGGCCAUGAUGACUGCCGUCAUGUUGGAUGAUAGAGCUACAGUGAAGGCUCUACUGGCCCAGAAACCCGAUGAACUGGAGUCAUUCCACCUUGCCGAUCCUUUGCGCAUGGCUGUCAAGCAAAGUAACUGCGAGAUGGCCCGGCUGCUUCUCGCCAAUGGGGCCUGUGUCAACAUGUAUUCGAUCUAUUACAACCCGGAGAUGGGCUACAGAAUGGUUCUGCACGACGCAUGUGUAGCUGGAGAUACCGAGAUGGUCCACCUGCUGCUCGAGCCACAGUAUCGCAUGCAGGCCGAUGGCGAAGAAUAUGAGAUGGCUAUCAGACUUACAGUGGAGAAGCUUGCCCGCGAUCCUGGCAGCCUGGAUGUGUGCGAACAGAUCAUUCGAAUGCUGGUACUCGCCUCAAUGGACGAUGUCCGUUUACCUUUGCUACACUAUGUGGUCGAUCGCUCAAUCGUCAACCACACCAACGAGCUUGUGCUGCUGGCAAUCGAACUCGGGUUCGACGUGAACAAGAAGGGCGAUAACCCGCAAUCUCCCCUUGUUCAUGCAGUCAAUAGCGGCGAGUUCGAGAUUACAACGACGCUUAUCGCUCAUGGCGCCCGACCAACGCACGAACAAGACUAUGAUGCGGUCCGCGAGGCAUGUCGCUUUGGCCGAGUAGACAUGCUACAAUUGCUGCUCUCGAAGUCUAUCACGAUUGAUGAAUACGGCCACAAUUUGGCUGGAGAGCUUCUUCUUAUCGCUGCGCAUUCUUCAAGAUACAGGGAAGAUGUCUAUCUACGGUUAAUCCAAUGUUUUGCCAAUAAUGGGUUGGAUCUGAAUGCCGCAAACUGGGGCUUCAAGGCUCUCAAUAUUUCAAUUGAUCUCAACCAGCCUGCCGUUAUGGGGUACCUUCUUGCGAAUGGCGUCACGCCGAGUGAUGAAUCAGUGAUGACUUCCGUGGCGCCACCUGGAUCGUGA